AUGUGUUUUUCUUGUCUAGAGAAAGUUAAAACAUAUUAUCAAGAAUAUGCUUUAAAAAAGGGUUUUGGAUGGAGGAUUAGAUCAUCGAAAAAAGGAGAUGACGGGGAGGUCAACUACCUAAUACUUUCAUGUUUAAGAGAGGGGUUUAACAUUUCAAAAAUUUCAUGCACGUUAAAGACACUACCAUCUAGAGCGAAAAAUUGUCCUGCCAAGAUUUGUAUUAAAUUGAAACAAGAUGGUUUGUGGUACAUUACACAAUUUGAAUCUAACCAUUCUCAUGAGACUAACCCUACAAAAGCAAGAUCGUUCAAGGCUAACAAGAAAAUGGACUUACAUGUGAGGAGAACAAUCCAAAUCAAUGAUGAUGCGGGAGUAAGGAUCAACAUGACUUUUCAAUCUCUUGUUAAAGAUGCAGGAGGACAUGAAAAUAUUCCCUUUUGUGAAAAAGAUGUGAGGAAUUAUAUUAACAAAGAGCGUCGUGCGAUUGAAAAAGAAGGUGAUGGUAAGACUUUGAUUAGUUAUUUUUGUAAAAUGAGGGAACAAAAUACAUAUUUCUUCUAUGACAUAGAUUUGGAUGGUGAUUUUCAUGUGAGGAAUGUAUUUUGGGCUGAUGCGAGAAGUAGAGCUGCUUACGAAUAUUUUGGAGAUGUUGUAACUUUUGACACAACAUACUUGACUAACAAGUAUGACAUGCCUUUUGUUGCAUUCGUGGGUGUGAAUCACCAUGGUCAAUCAACAUUACUUGGUUGUGGAUUACUAUCAGGUGAAGACACUGAUUCUUUUGUGUAG